CUCCUUCGGAACUGUCAAAUAGUAGUAGGAAACUAGAAAUAGACAACAAAAGAUUUUCCACUUCUGCAUUUAUAGUAGCAGCACACAAGUGGGAGAGCAGAGCAAACAAGUAGUGAGAGUGAGAAAGAAAGAAUAAAAGGAGCAGCUUUUUUGCUUACAUGAUAAUAAAGAGUAACUACGCCAGCAAAAUCCAAAAGCAACGAAGAAAAAAAAAUAAAAAUUAAAAAGAAGAAGCCAUCUCCGAUUCUUCCUCCUUUUCUCUCGCACUUUUUUGUGAUACUAUAAUUGAAGCAAUCCAAUCCAGCUUUUUCAUAUGAUUUUUUCUUUCUUUCUUUUUUCUUUACUGGAGAAGUGGAGAAUCUACUCAAUCAGAAUCAGCAGCAUCUGCUAAGAACACCUAUAAACCCGACUUUCCAGUGAAAUUAUCCAUUGGGCACAAAUUAUUUUUCUAUAUUUUGGAAAAACAAUUCCUUACCUGAACCUUAAGAAAAAAAAGCCAAAUCCCAUCAAGAAUCUCCACUGUGUUCAGCCCUUCAGAUUGUUCUGGCUAGAAUUUCUCUGGAGCGUUGCGGUAAAAACUGAAUCAAUCUAUUGAGGGGAAAAAAAGAAGAAGAAGAAGAAGUAAAAGCUUUGUAGGUUCGAAUUGGGAUAUCUCUGUUAUUUUCUGAGCAGAGAGUCUUUUGCCAUUUUCAUUUUGUGAAAUUCCCAUCUUGAAAGAUUCGUGUGGCACCAAAGAGGAGUGCAGAAUUUGGUCAGGAAAGAAUGAAGGGUCAUCAGAAUAUGUUGUCAAUAAAGCAUUUUCUUGUGGUGUCUAUGGCUUUAAAUGUUGGUUUGAUUUCAAGGGUUCUGUUCAUUGGGGAUAUCAAACGCGGUGACGUAUUUUUCUGUCCUGAGAGUGAAAAAACUCUUCCUGUGGAUAUUUCAAGGGAGGAAAACCAUGUUGAGAAGAAGAAGAAUGAUGCAACAUCGAUAGAGAUACCAAUUUCUCCUCCCCAAGCAAUAAUGGCGCCCCAGAAAGAUGAUGGAAGUGUAAUAAAUCUCGAUCAUGGUGAUCCGACAAUGUACGAGAAGUAUUGGAAACAAACAGGGGACAAAACCACAGUUGUCAUUCCAGGGUGGCAGCUGAUCAGUUAUUUUUCGGAUAUCCGAAACAUUUGCUGGUUUCUGGAGAAUGAGUUUGCAGAUGCCAUUGUUAAGCUGCACAACAAAGUAGGAAAUGCAGUGACUGAAGGACGACAUAUUGUCGUUGGAACCGGUUCGACCCAGCUUUAUCAAGCUGUAUUAUAUGCUUUGUGCCCAGACAACUCUGGUUCAGAACCCAUGAGUGUGGUGUCAGCCGCCCCUUUUUAUUCGUCAUACCCGUUGAUGACCGAUUUUUUGAAGUCUGGACUCUACAAAUGGGGUGGUGAUGCUCACGAGUUUAACGCAGAUAAACCAUAUAUCGAGCUUGUGACAUCUCCCAACAACCCAGAUGGAUCAUCUAGAGAAGCCGUGGUGAAUGGCAGAAGAGGAAUAUUGGUUCAUGACUUGGCUUACCUCUGGCCACAAUACACUCCAAUUUCUUCCCCUGCAGACCAUGACAUAAUGCUCUUUACAGUAUCUAAAAGCACAGGUCAUGCCGGGACACGACUUGGGUGGGCUCUGAUUAAAGAUGAAGAAAUUGCUCGGAAGAUGACAAAGUUUAUCGAGUUGAACACCAUUGGUGUGUCUAAGGAUUCACAGAUUCGAGCAGCAAAGAUUUUGAGUCACGUAUCUGAAAGCAUUGACAAUAAACCUGAAUCUGAUCAAGGAGGCGAUAAUUUCUUCGAAUUUGCUUAUGAUGUCAUGGCUAAGAGGUGGACACAACUUAGAGCUGCUGUGAACAGAACUACUCUUUUCAGUUUGCCCAGCUUUCCAUCGGGGACAUGCAGCUUCAGCGGUCAUACAUUCCAACCACAACCAGGUAUAACAUGGAAGGAAUAAUUUCAGCUAAUGUUGGAUUCAUCUAUUUCUUCUGCUGUACUUACAAAAUUUUCAUUGCUCGUAGCUUUUGCAUGGUUGAAAUGUGAAGCCGAGAUUGAUGAUUGCGAGAGCUUUCUACGCAGCCAUAAAAUUUUAACCAGAGGGGGUGUGCAUUUCGGUGUUGGUCCAGAGUAUGUGAGGAUCAGCAUGAUGACACGAGAUCCAUUAUUCAGCUGGUUCACGGAAAGAUUAUCCCAAAUUAGCUUUUAAGUAUCCCUUAAACUAUGAAUGAUAUGAAUUUAGGAGGGGCAGAGAUUUAGGGUUUAGAAAUACAAGUUUUUCUGUAAAGAAUAUUACGAAUGAUAUGAAUCAUCUAAGUCACCUUCUCCUUGAGUUCUCAUGUUUUAGGCAGAAUGAGGAUCUUUGUUGGGUUAGUGCGUAAAUGUACCGCUACUUCCUCUAAGGUACAUUGCAACUAUUAGAAGAGUGUACCAGAGGAAAGCGGCUACUUUGUUAUCGCUUGCUAGUUUUCUUACCGCUUCUAAUCAUGUCAUCUACUGCUUACUGAAAGUCUUGACUUAAGACAUCAAACCUUAUAAAU